AUGCGGCCGAACACGACGGCGGAGUCGAGUGAGAUUCUGUGUCGAUGGCGGGAUGCGGUUGCGGACUGGGAGUGGGCAGGGGAUUCAAAGCGGUUGCAUGGCGGAGUUGAAGCAAGAAUUCGUUUUCGCUUGAAAGGCAACAAAACUGAAAGGCUGCUUGGGUCCACUCUCUCUUCGAACACUUGUGCCUUCACGGAUGAUGCCGGCGCUGGGGUCCCCUUCGGGUGCAUCGUGACGGCUGACAACGGUAUUUCCACUGGCGUCCUCCGUGUCGUUAUCCCCGAGGUGUGCUGUCGCCACCGCGUCGGCGUAAGCGUUGCAGGCUAUUCCCACGCCUUCUGGCAUCCCUUUGCGGUGCGCAUUCUCAAUCUGCUGCAGCGCGGGUUUGCAGUCGCAUAG